CUAGGUGUGUUUGUUUACUGGUCCCUCCCUGUCAUGCUCAGAUGUUCCAUCUCGGGGUGCAGAUCACAUUCUCCCAGAUUUCCUGAGCCCAGGUCCUGCCAUGGGCACCUCCAGCAUCUUCCUCUGCGCCUUGUUCCUCUGUGGGGCAUUGGGUCUCACCACUUCCUCUGCCCAGGGACGGCUUCGCUGUUACACCUGCAGCUUCGCCAAGCCUUGCUACCCUGUACCCACAGAGUGUCAGGAUGAUGAAGCUUGUGGCAUCACUGUUGGCACCUCAGACCAGAAUGAGAUCAUCGAGCGGAAAGGCUGCCUCCCAAGGACCCAGUGCCCUCUGCCAGGUCAUGCCACCUACUGGUCACAUGCCUACGUUCUGCGGCACCACUGCUGUGAGCAGGACCUGUGCAACUCGGCUGUCACAGCACAGUGGCUCCCCAGUCUCUUCCUCACCACCCUGCUCCUCCUGGUGGCCAAUUUUGCCUGGGGAGGCCAACUCCUCCACUAGCCUUGUGUGGACUCUCAGCCCCCAACCCAAGACUCCUUCACCAUCAACAUGGUACUGGAAAUACCCGCAUGGACACUUUUGAGACAUGCCCAAGAACCUGAUUUUGUACACAAUCCUUAGACUCCUAGACCCAACACCUCCACAGACCCCUCCCAAGACCUGUUUCCCAUGGGCACUGCUCUAGCCCUUGUAGGCACCCACCCAAAGCCCAGCCUCAUAAGAAACAUCUGCUCUGUGUCUUUUGUCUUUUCCAAACGCCUGGUGCUGAUGUCUUCUCUCAGCCCCAGGUGCCUAGCAAGAUGCCAUUUUGAUAGAGCUGUGGUCCCAGGCAAGGAAAUUGAAAGGGCACAAGGUAUGGUGAUGAGGAAGGUCUUUCUGGGAAAGAUGUAACAUAGUAGGUGGGGAACUAUAGAGUACAUUUAAUAAAGGAGCUAUCUGGGAACCUAGCAAUGGUUCAGUGUGUGUAGGGUGUGUGUGUGUGAAUGCAUGGGUGUGCUCUCUAAGAAUGAACUAUAGCUGCCUGACAGGUUGGGUUGGAGUGCUGGAACCUAAACAAUAUUCUCCUCAUUUUCCAUCUGUCAUCUCAUUCUCCUUCCUGCCAGUAUCUUAGCUUAAGCUGCUGUAGCAUGAAUGUUUUAGGCAAGAUAUCAAAGGAAGUUUUUCUCCAGGGAAGCCCAGACUUGAGCCAAGACCCAAAAGGGGAACUGAUAGGGUUACUUUAUGAGGAUGUGGCCUGGAGUCCAGCUCAUCUCUGCCUGAGACUGGGGACUGGCCAACUUGGGAGUGUGAAUGCCCUUCCCCACUGACCAGCCCAAACUUGUCUGUAGUUCAUAGGUGGCCAAGCAUAACCAGCCUCACUAGGGAAUCCCACCUGCUAACCCUUGUGGACACUCUUCUCUGCUUAGGGAGAGAGGGUGUGAGCCAUGGGCACAGGGAGGUAGUGUUCCUAGGAGUCUGAAGUGAUAACUGUUUAGCGCUGAAUGCCACAGUGGAGCCCCACAGGGAAGUCUGUGUGCCAUGGAUAAGGAGGGAGUCUGGCUGGAGGUGGAGCGUAGGCACCCCCAUUCUGACUUGGUUCCUUCCCUUCCAUUUGAGGAAGUCUGUGAGCUGAUUAAAUAUGUUUGUUCCCUAGCUUCUUUGUGAGAAUGAGGCUUAGCGGGUGGGGAGGUCUGGCUUAAUUUGGAGGCAUGUUGAGUCUUCUUUCCAUUUUCUGUCCCUUAGUUCUCCCACUUUGCACUUCUAUUUUUUUCUCUCUGUUUCUUUUUAUUUUAACUUUAGUCUCUUUCCUUCUCUAUUCCUCAGUUUCCCCCAUUCUUCUUUAGAUUCCCCUGUGACUCUAGAUUCCUUUAUCUCCUCCCUGCCCACCUCACCCCUUCUCACCCUCAACAGGUACCCCAGCCUCCCCUCAAUUCUAUAGUAUUGCAUGCUCAGGGCCAACCCUCCUCUGGCCAAUUCAAGACACAAAACCACACCUUUUUGUAGGUGACAUCAUGAAAUAAUGCUACACCUUUUCUUCAGCUCCCCCAUCCCCAUUUCCCAGGUAGCCUGAGGGCUGCAGGAGGCCAGAUAGACAGUAAGUCACAUUCUCUGCCCACCUCCCAGCCCUACAUCCCCGCUGAGGUUUUCAGGGAAUUUUUCAAGUGCCAGAUGACCAGGGAGAGAGAGAAGGUCACAUUUCCCAGCAGCAGAUGUCACCAAGAUUACCUGGUCUUGUGGGCAGGUGGGCUGUGGGAUUUGUAAAGCAGACUGUCAGAUUAAGUAUAGUUCUAUUCUCUACUUCCUCAGGAACCAGAGCCUCAUCCCCAAUCCAGUGUUUCCUCUCCCACCCCAGACCUUUUGCAAUUUAGGCCUCUGUCCCCUGUUUGUUCCUCACCUGAGAUGGGCCAAGUGGAUGUUCUCAUAGAUCUGGAUUUCAGGUUUAAAGUGAGGAAUGGAGGCAUCUGGGGAGAAGUAGUCAGAAUGUGUAUAGAAGUCUCUAGAUAAUUCAGUUGUGUUCUUUUCUACUCCCUCCCCUAGAGAGGACAAGGUUCAGAAGCAAUAUAUGAACCUUGACCUCACAUAUGCCCUCUUCUCCCUUCUGGAAGAGGGGGGACUCACCUCUGCCCUGAACCUCCCGGACUCUCCGCCUCCAGAGCAUGAUGCUGAGAGCUAGGAUGGUGAAUGCCUGGCCCACUGUGAGUGACAGCAUCAGGAUCCAAGUCACAUCCCAGGCCAUGGAAGGUACACUGAGGUUAGGAGAAGCUUCCAUGGAGGCUGUAGUCAGAGCAAGACAAGAGGGAUAAGGAGGGAGGCAGUGAAAGGACCUGUCCCUGUACCCCAAAGACAAACUCCUCCCAAUCUGGUAGGAUCUUCCUAUAGAAGACUUCAUGAGCUUCCCUGUCCCCAAUAUCCACCAUCCCACUUUGCUCUUUUCCAGACCUCUCCCCCUGACCCCAUGGGUAGUAGAAAACCUCAGUAGAGAAUGACAGUGUUACCCUGUUCAUAUGUGGACAGCUAGCUCUAGAACAGACCACCAGCCAAAACGGCCCUCAUAGUAAUUCAACUUUUCAAGAAAAAAUAAAGUGUCCUCCAUUUA